AUGGGACACUCCAACGUGUGGAACUCGCACCCCAAGAACUACGGCCCUGGAUCCAGGGUUUGCCGUGUGUGCGCCAACCCCCACGGCCUCAUCCGGAAGUACGGGCUCAUGUGCUGCAGGCAGUGCUUCCGCAGCAACGCCAAGGACAUCGGCUUCAUCAAGCGAUGUAAAGCAAUUAUAGUUAAGGCAUACAGUUGUUUCGAUUUUGAGGCUCACAAUGUGCAUUCUUAUUAUGCAGUACCGCUGAAACUUGAGGAGCUCCAAAGCAUGAGAAGAAUGGAGGCAUGGAUGGGAACCUGA